AUGCCCAACCGCUCGCACCAGCAAACCCUAUCCCACGACCAAGACCUCCUGACGACAGGCGCCGCGUCCGAGAAAGCUUCCUUCAACGGCCCCGGCGGCGCCUCGGCAUCCACGACCGCAUCCGAGAGCCCAAAGCCAGACUCGAGAGAGAUACUGGAGAAGCUUGAUCCGAGGUAUGAUACCGGUAUCAUUGGGGCAAAGCCAAAGGGGGAGAUUGGUGGGGUGGAGGAACGGCCGGGCUUUGAGAAGUAG